AUGAAGCUCACUCCAGAGCUACUUGCCCAGGCCCCUUCUGCUCUUAAUCCAACGAAAGAACGUCAACUGGACCUUCGAGGCUAUAAAAUCCCUGCUAUCGAAAAUUUGGGUGUCACCAGGGUACGCGACCAGCAGGAUGCCAUCGACCUCACGGAUAACUCGAUAACCGUGCUUGGAAAUCUUCCACUACUAAAGCGUCUCCGUACACUGUACAUCGCCAACAACAGAAUAUCAUCUAUCUCCCCCUCCAUACAUCUCUCUGUACCGAACCUCACCACGCUCGUAUUAACAAACAACAAUAUCUCCGAACUGGGUGAUCUGGAACCGUUGAAGGAGUUAAAAAACCUAAAAUACCUCUCCUUGUUGGGCAAUCCUGUUCGGGAAAAAAAAUGGUAUCGCGAGUGGCUUGCCUGGAGGAUACCCGGGCUAAGAGUUUUAGAUUUUCAGAGAAUUCGCGAUAAGGAGAGAUCUCUUGGAAAACAAUCAUUCCUCACCCCGGACAGUCGUCUGACCGCAUUAGCAGAGACUUUAUCGACUACUGUAUCUACAAGCACUACAAAAACAGCUCUUACAACGGAUGAACCACGCCCAGCUGCUGCGAUGGCAAAGGCAGGAAGGUUGAUGUCGAAAGAGGACGCAGAGCGGGUUAAGGCUGCUAUUGCGAAAGCAACCAGUAUAGAAGAGAUCAGGCGGCUUGAAAGGAGUCUUAGAGACGGCUACAUGCCAGAAAUGGAAUCCGUGGGCGCAUGACAUUGGUCUCUUGCUGUGUGUAUAUUUUCAUACCUGGAAGAUCGACUAAUCUUCCGUACAAAAUCGCUGUUGUACUGUAGUUUAUCUAAUAACCUUUGACCCCAGCAUUUCCAAUCCAUAAUCCAUGCAAUCCGAUAGCGAUCACAGCCCACAAAUUGAGCAAGGAGCUGAUGCCGUGAAGAGACCCAAAACGUCUGUUAAGACCUUUCAUGGCAUCCGAAACCUGCAGACAGUGCUCAAUCUCUUUUCAAGAAAAUGUGUCCAUGAUGUAGACGUACCCCAGGCUCGUUGUAAGCUUUGCCUUCCUCCUUCUCCAACCUGUGACGCUCGAACAUUGUACUGUUCACAGAAGAUUGACUAGUGCUUCAUCGAACCUAACAGAAAGACUGAACGCACCGGCUAGUCAAAGGACCAAUGACAGUGUAGUUUAUACCCUG